AUGCGAGUAAACAUUUCCUGUAAUGCCAAUGGCUUCCUUUCAAGGAGUACGCCAACCAAGUUUUCUACUCAGGACGUACAAAAGACGUCACCCCCAUUGAGCGUGUCCAGAGGGCCACCACUAGAAUGGUUGCCGGCCUCAAAUCCGUGGACUAUGAAACGCGUCUCGCGAUGCUUGAUCUCUUUCCCCUGGAGAACCGUCGCCUCCGGGGGGACCCAAUUCUUACUUACGCCCUGUUUGAACAAAGCUUGGCAAACAGGUUUUUUACCGUUGACCCAGCAAACACCCGGCUGGGACAUAGGCACACACAUUCACUUUUUUCAUACUGAGAACAUAAAGAGCAGUGCUACACCCUUUUUUCACUUGUGCCUUUCAGGUGAACGACAGCCACUAACCGACAAGAACAAAACCGACCCGGGAAACGUGGGCAAAAUCCUCGACCCUGUGUAUCAAUCCUUCGGUUACUUGAGCAUUGGAGAAAGCACACAGCAGCUAACCGAUGGGUCCUACUUUUACGCCAACAACCCUCAAGUCCUGAAGAAUUUUGCCACUAUUCCUAAUGGGGCACCAAAACGCACUGGUGCCCGUCUGGGACGUUUUGCAGCCACCGACAACAGCGUUACUCCACUUGAUGGGUUUUCGCUGGUCAGUCAAUGGGGAAUCGCAAACAAACUGGAUAAUGUGGGCCUAUUCGGUCCUCCUCCACUUAUCCCUGAGAAUGGGCAGCCAAAACAAGGGAAUUUCAAUUCACGACCUUAUAGGAAGUCUUACAACAACCAGUCAACAUGGCUUCAACAACCAUCCAAAAAGCUGGAACAGGAGUUGUUUGGACAGCCGAAACGGGGCUUGAACUUUCAAUUAUAUGACAGCAUACCAGUCACCCAAUCCGGACCUAAUUGGUCUCCUGUGAAACCUAUAACUUCGUUCAAGGAUGUUGAGUUACAUCAAACUAUAAAAGAAAAUAUUGAGCGUGCUCAGUACAUUCAUCCAACACCUGUGCAAAAAUAUGCUUUGCCAAUAAUCGCUGCAAAAAGAGAUCUUAUGGCCUGUGCGCAAACGGGAUCUGGGAAGACGGCUGCCUUUCUACUUCCCAUCCUCAAUCAACUUUUUCAAGAAGAAAAGACGGAACCAGCUGUCGUUAACGGCGGAGCUUGUCCUGUGGCUCUUGUUUUGGCACCAACCAGAGAGCUUUCUUGUCAGAUAUUCGACGAAGCUCGGAAGUUCGCUUACCAGUCUGACGUUCGUCCUUGUGUUGUCUAUGGUGGGGCAUCUAUUUUUCUGCAAGUUCGUGAACUUCAACAUGGCUGUGAUCUUCUUGUGGCCACACCCGGUCGCUUGGUGGACAUGAUAAGUCGCGGAAACGUUAGUUUGGAUCAUGUCAAGUAUCUAGUUUUAGAUGAAGCCGAUCGUAUGCUAGACAUGGGAUUUGAGCCACAAAUUCGUCGCAUAGUGGAGUUGCAUCGCAUGCCUCCUGCCGGACAGCGACAAACCUUGAUGUUCUCCGCAACCUUUCCAAAGGAGAUUCAGACACUCGCCCGGGAUUUCCUACACUCUUACAUAUUUCUCGCUGUUGGCCGCGUGGGUAGUACAAAUGAGAACAUAACUCAGGAAGUAUGGAACGUGGCCGACAAGGAUAAACCGGAGCUUCUGGUUCGCCUGCUUCAACAAAAAGAUCCCGAAGGUCUGGUGCUUGUUUUCGUUGAGACCAAGCGUGGAGCUGAUUUACUUGCCAAGUUUCUGGGUCAGCUCAAUUUUCCUGUUACGUCCAUCCAUGGCGACCGCCCACAAGCUGAACGGGAGAACGCCCUCUCUUCGUUCCGUGAUGGACUUACUCCUAUCUUAAUUGCUACCGCUGUGGCUGCACGAGGUCUCGACAUACCCAACGUCAAGCAUGUUAUCAACUUCGACCUGCCGUCGGAUAUUGAAGAAUAUGUGCAUCGCAUUGGACGUACUGGUCGGAUGGGGCAACCAGGUUCGGCAACCUCGUUUUUUUCGGAUCGCAAUCAAAAUGUAGUUCGGGAUCUGGUUGAAUUACUGCGCGAGUCCAAACAGUCCGUUCCUGCUUGGCUGGAGGCACGCCUGUCCUAUUCGACUACUGGUGAUAAUCGUCGAUCCAAGGGGAAUAACUCUUCCAAACGGCGGGCCAACUACGCAUCGCUAGAUUACCGACAACAUGGAAUCCGUGGGACUAGCUUCGUCAGCACCGUCUCAAUGGCGAAUAACAAUAGCAUUCCAAACGGUGGAUUUGGCUUGCUGGGUAACUGUUCGGUACCACUGGCUGCUGUUGGCAAUGGUCCCAGGUAUCCACAAAAUACCGGCUACAGUGCUGCAUAUCAUCCUGUCAGUCAGCAACAGCAGCAGCAACAACAACAGUCAGCUCGAUUCAUGUAUCGUAAUGGUCCAAACUAUUUGGGACGUGGAUCUAAUUUUGGGAGCCACUUGGAGCAACAACCUCCGCCGAUGCCGCAACCACUUCCAUUAUUUCCACCACAACAUAGACCUCAAGUAACUCACCCCACAGCUCUUUUACCAACCGGAGCACCUCCAGCAGCCAUGAUGCAUCAAUUUUUGGCAGCUGCAGCAGCAGCUGGUCUCACUCCAGGUCACGGAAAUGUUGGUUCUGCGAAUGGGCAACCUGGAACAGGGAUUUCUGUCUCCACGGGCGGGUACAGCGGCCAUAUUGCGCAUGGUGCCGCUUUCCCCACUGCUACAUACCAGGCGUUUCAUCCGGCGUCCAUAUUUUCUGCGUCAAACCCACUCCCGGGUCAUCCGGUUUCAUCACACGCCAGAGAUGGUCCUGCAACUGCUGUGGUUUUCCCUCCUUCCGCUGGAAUGUUUCCGACAGUCAAUUCUGGUACUCUGGGAGGAACGGCUCCGACUUUCAGUACCACCAACUCUGCCGAUCAUCAAGCUUUACAGCAACCACAUCCCGCUGCGGCUCUAAUACCGAACAGUUUCCACUUAUCCUAUUAUGGGCAGCAACCGUUUGGUCCUGGAUCCGCUGCACCACAACGUCAGUCGCCCCAUCAGCAACAGGCUGCAGUUGCAGCGGCAAUGGCAGUCGCAGCAGCCAUGUCUAACGGCGCACAACCGACUGCCGCUGGCAUAGAUCCUUCAGGGGCGAUCUCUGUCCAGCCAGUUCAUACGGAAAACCCGAUACCGGUGGAAGGCACGACAGCUUCCAGCCCUUCUGCCGGUUCUGUCAAAGCUGGGGCUGUGGUUCAACAAGCCUACAGAGGAAACGGUAUGGGAGAAUGGUGGCCAGCCCCAACUCCCACUUAG